UGAGAAGGUUUUAAUAAAGCGCUUAAUGAGGUCUAAAGAAAUCAUACUUGCACAAAGAUGCUAUCGAUUGAAAAGUAAACAAACAGAAAUUUUACUUUUAUCAGCUUUGAUAAUAGAUUUGUAAGAUAUUAUUCGAAAAAACAAAAAAAUGUAAUGACCGAUAAGCUCUUUAUUCCUAUGGUGAUUAAUACUUGGGCUUUUACAAAUGCUACUGAAAAAGCGUGGAAUGUUGUUAAAGAUAACAGAGGAUGUGCGUUGGAUGCUGUUGAGAAAGGAUGCUCACAAUGUGAAAUUGAACAGUGCGAUCACACGGUAGGAUAUGGAGGAAGUCCUGAUGAAAAUGGAGAAACGACUUUAGAUGCAAUGAUUAUGGAUGGGUCAACCCAUGAUGUCGGUGCUGUUGCUGCUUUGCGGAGAAUCAAAAAUGCGAUAUCUGUGGCAAGGAAGGUUUUAGAAAACACAGAACAUUCUUUACUGGUUGGAGAUCAGGCUACUCAAUUUGCUUUGAAAAUGGGUUUCAAGGAAGAAAAUUUGAAUUCUAACUUUUCUUUAGAAUUGUGGAAAAAAUGGAAAAUGAAUAAUUGUCAACCUAAUUUUUGGAAGAAUGUGAAUCCUGAUCCUCGGAAAUAUUGUGGACCUUAUAAAGCUGCAUCCAAUGAGCAUGAUUUUGGAGAACAUAAUCACGAUACCAUUGGAAUGAUUGUUAUUGACAGCAGGGGGAAAAUCGCUGCUGGUACAUCGAGUAACGGAGCCAAAUUUAAAAUUCCAGGGAGAGUGGGAGAUUCUCCUAUCGCUGGAUCAGGUGCCUAUGUAGAUGAGGAUGUAGGGGGAGCUGCAGCCACUGGUGAUGGUGAUGUGAUGAUGCGCUUCCUUCCCAGUUUCCAUAGCGUGGAGAAUAUGCGAAGAGGAAUGAAUCCGAUGGAUGCAACGAGAGAAUCCAUCAAGCGAAUCAUAGUGAAAUACCCUACAUUUUCCGGAGCAGUAGUUGCUGCUACAAUGCAAGGAGAUUUUGGAGCUGCUUGUCAUGGUAUGAAAGAAUUCCCCUUUUCUCUCGCUAAUAAUAAGGAAGGAAAAGUUGUUGUAAAAACUGUAUCUUGUAUUUAAGUAUUUUCUAAUAAAGGUGGUAUAUUUUAA